AUGUCUUGUUGGCGCGUGCUGGAGCUCUGCGAGCAGCCUGACGGCAAGCACAUCCCCCAGCUACUCAUCAAACCCGCCUUCGACCUGGACUCGUACAUUGUGCAUCUUACCGACCUCAGCAACAUAUGGUGCGAAGAGCUAGACGUCUAUGGCAUAGUCAAACGAGCUGCACAGGAGCAAUCGCCUAUCGAAGUUAGCAAACAGGAUACUGCGCAGCUUGUCAUUCUUCUCGAGAAUGUUGAGAAAUCCCUGGCGAGUGGAGAGGAUGCCAUAUGCCGUGUGACUCGCAACGACACGGACGGCAUCACCUUGCACACUAGCAUCUGCCUUCCAGAGCCCCUCGACCGCUUGACGUGGACAUUCAACCUGCAAAAGCGAGCGUCUGCAACUCUAAAGAACGAACUGAUUCUUCCGCUACUUGUAUCAUCUCACAUCCAGAAUGAACGAAUCACCACACUUAUAUCUACUGUUACCGAAAAGGACAGGGCAAUAUCUCGACUCGUAGAUCAGUUUGAUUCCAACAACGUAGACCUGGCUGCCGCUUUCCCCAGCAUCGGCGGAACCAAGACGGGGAGGAAGGUGGUCAAACGCGAACAAGCGGCGAAGCACGUUCCCGCCUUACGACCGUUUCGCGAAGAAGCAUGGAGGCAGGAGACGGAGCAAUUGGAAGACGCAAACCUGACUACGCUUGGCUUGUUCCAAGAAGCAUUGGCGCAGACUACCCCGAGAGUACCACGGAAACUGAAAUCAGAUCAAGAAUUUACGUGGUGGACUGAGAUACCUACUCAGUUGGGACCAGUCACAGUUCCGGCUAAAAGCAAAGCUAAGAAGCCUGCUCCAGCUACAAAGUCAAUGAAGGUUACUGCGAACUCAGAUGAAGAGACGGAGGACGAGUUUGAAACUCAUGAAAAUUUUAACACACGCGAUAUCGUCAGAAGGCGCGUAGAAUCCUCAGUGCCCAUACCCUCUUCGCCGCAUAAGAAGACCAGUGAGACAGAGGGUGAUAGUACUGAAGACGACGAGGAUUUGGAUGCACUUCCCAAAAGUCAGAGCCAAAGCAAGGGCCAGACAAUACAAGAGACAAUUCGCGAGAGGUCGCUCACACCUGAACAUCACUCCCCGCCCAAGACGGCUUCAUCCCCAGUCCAGAAGGCCAAGGUAAGCAGUUUCCGAAUAGGCGGCAAAUCAACAAGGGUGGAAUCCCCUCAACCAUUGCCGGGGAGUAUAGAUGCGGAACAGGAGUCGGAGAUCCUACCGACCAGAGAGUUUGUGCCUUCUUCGCAAACGACCCAAUCAGUCAUGACACCAAAGAAAGCCCGUAAGCCUUUCCGAAUCGGAGGCAAAGGAAAGACAGUAGAUGGAGACGCUUCACAACGCGCGAUAACAAUCUCACCAAGUACCAACCGUAUCAGAACCACACAAUCACCUACUGCAGAACCACCGUCCUCCCCGCCACCGUCUAGGGUGGUGAAAGAGAUGUCGCCCGUCAAGGAGGUCCACGAGGAAACGCCAGAGGAGAAAGCAGAGCGAAAGCGGGCUGAACUCAAGCGGAAGAAUGAGGAAGCAGCGAAGAAACAGGCCCAGGCGAAAAAGAAGAAGAGAUUCUGA